AGAAACAGUAAGGAGCAGAAUGAUGGGGAAGUUGAAACGUAGUACAAAGGCAAUACAAAAGCACAAAAGCCGAGACCAGCCAAAAGGAACAAAGCCCCAACCUCAUAGCAACACAUCACAACACAAUUGUACUCUUAAAGACAGCAAAACAGAAAGAUCAUAGUACUGAUAUAUAUUUAUACAUAUACAAUACUAUCAUAUAUACAUACAUCUCUUUUGUGCUGCAUGCUCUUGAAAGGGGCUACACAGACACAAUCAAAAUCCAGAAAAAAAAAAGAAAAAGAAUUCCUUAAAAAAGUGUCAUUCCUUUGGAUCCACAGCCAGAAGUGGUACCACCGGUUGUUCGCUCCACAGAAACAGCUAUAAUUCCCCCUUUUUCCCUUCCCCAUUCCUCACAAAACUUCAAGAAUCAAACCCACUGUUUUGGUUAAUGUUACCGACAGUAUAGACACACAAACAUCUAACCUUAAAAAUUAUCUUGAAAUUCACCGGAAAGAAUGGGUGCCCGUUGCUCAAAAUUCUCUUUUUGUUGGUGGCACUCUCACCUCAAGCCUUCCCUUCUAGACUCCUCUGAUCUUGAGAAUGGGGAGAAAAACGCGUUUCCGCCCUUUACUCAGUUCAAAUUAGAGGAGCUUAAAGCUGCCACUAAUGGGUUUUCUUCAGAGACCAUUGUGUCCGAGCACGGAGAGAAAGCGCCGAACGUGGUUUACAAAGGGAAGCUCAACGAUGGCCGAUGGGUCGCCGUUAAACGCUUCAAUAAAUCUGCUUGGCCUGAUUCUCGUCAAUUCAUGGAUGAGGCUAAGGCAGUGGGCAGUCUAAGGAGUGAGAGGUUGGCAAAUCUGAUAGGGUGUUGCUAUGAAGAGGAAGAGAGAUUGCUGGUGGCAGAGUUUAUGCCCAAUGAGACUCUUGCAAAACAUUUAUUUCACUGGGAGAACCAGCCAAUGAAAUGGGCUAUGAGGUUGCGGGUGGCGCUUUACUUGGCUCAAGCUUUGGACUACUGCAGUAGUAAGGGUAGGGCGUUGUAUCACGACCUCAACGCUUACCGAGUCUUGUUUGAUCAGGACGGUAAUCCUAGGUUGUCUUGCUUUGGUUUGAUGAAGAACAGUCGAGAUGGAAAAAGUUAUAGUACAAACUUGGCUUUCACUCCUCCAGAGUAUUUGAGAACAGGAAGAGUGACACCCGAAAGUGUAGUUUAUAGCUUCGGGACUGUGUUGCUGGAUCUUCUGAGUGGAAAGCAUAUUCCUCCAAGCCAUGCACUCGAUUUAAUUCGUGGCAAGAAUUUCCUGAUGCUCAUGGAUUCUUGUUUGGAGGGUCAUUUUUCUAACGAUGAUGGAACCGAGCUGGUCCGGUUGGCCACGCGUUGUUUGCAAUACGAAGCACGGGAGAGGCCAAAUGCAAAAUCUCUUGUCAGUUCCCUUUUGCCUCUCCAAAAAGAAACCGAGGUGCCAUCGUUUACUUUAUUGGGCAUUCCCGAUGGAACUGCCACCCCGACAGAACCAUUGUUGUUGACGCCAAUGGGAGAAGCAUGUCUGAGAAUGGAUCUGACUGCACUUCAUGAAAUGCUGGAAAAGACCGGGUACAAGGACGACGAAGGAAUUGCCAAUGAGUUAUCUUUCCAAAUGUGGACGAAUCAGAUGCAGGAUACCUUGAAUUCUAAGAAGCAAGGCGAUACUGCUUUCCGUGCCAAGGAUUUCACUGCCGCCAUUGAUUGUUUUUCACAGUUCAUCGAGGGGGGGACGAUGGUGUCGCCCACGGUCUACGCUAGGCGGUGCUUGUCCUAUCUGAUGAUGGACAUGGCGCAAGAAGCUGUAGGGGACACGGAGAAAGCGCAGUUGGUGUCGCCUGACUGGCACACGGCCUUCUAUCUUCAGGCGGUUGCAUUCUUCAGUCUGGGGAUGGAGAAUGAUGCCCAGGAAGCUCUCAAGGAAGCCACUCGUUUGGAGGCUGAAAGGAACACAGUUUGAAAGUGUAUAGAUAUGUGCUUUUUCUUGAGUUUUAUCAUCUUUGUGAUUUUAUUGUAUUUAUUGGUGUAUCCUCUUUUGCAACAUCCAAGGAUUUUCACAACAUUUUGAUGUUGAUGUCAAUAUUUAGCAAGUAUUUUAUACAAGUCAUGUUGCUUUCCCUCAAUUUAGUAAUGUUAUUUUGUACA